UUGACAGCAGCCAGUUCUUUUCCGAGUAAUAAAAAUGAAAUAGCCUCCACGGCGCUGGUUGUUCAUAGCCUUGGUGGAUUACUGUACCUGCAACACGUGACACACAAUGGAGAGGGAAAUGAAAGGAAAUGCUGCUCAGCCCCUAACAUGCAAUAAUGACAGUGAAAGCAGGAUUGACCCCUAUGGCUUUGAGAGGCAUCAUGAUUUUGAAUCCUAUAAGGAGAUGAUGAAUGAGUAUGUAGCUGUCCUCAACAGAAGGUCCAUAAGAUGGUCCAAGCUCCUUCAAGAGAAACCUCAUGUAGAGAAGAAUUUGACAGUGAAGAGGUAUGUGCGUAAAGGUGUGCCUAAUGAGCACCGUGCCAGGAUAUGGAUGGCAGCUAGUGGUGCCCAGGAACAACUGGAGAGUAGCCCAGGGUAUUACCAGUCCCUGCUGUCAAUGGAGCAUGACACCAAGCUGAAGGAAACUAUUCGUACAGAUAUGCACAGGACCUUUCCUGACAAUGUCCUCUUCAAGAGCAAAGCCGAGCCAAGCCUCCAGAGGGCUCUAUACAAUGUGCUGCUGGCCUAUGGACACCAUAAUAAGGAAGUGGGGUACUGUCAGGGCAUGAACUUCAUUGCAGGAUACCUCAUCAUCAUCACCAAAGAUGAGGAAAAAUCCUUCUGGCUCAUGGAUGCGUUGUUGGGCAGGAUACUCCCAGACUACUACAGCCCGGCCAUGUUGGGCCUGAAGACAGACCAGGAGGUUCUUGGGGAGUUGGUGAAGGCUAAAGCCCCUGCAGUAGGACAGCUCAUGGCCCUGUAUCCCGGCAUAUGGACCCUGGUUGUGUCACGCUGGUUCAUCUGCCUCUACAUAGACAUACUCCCAAUUGAGACAGUUCUGCGGAUCUGGGACUGUCUUUUCUACGAAGGCUCCAAGGUUCUUUUCCGUGUCGCACUGACGCUCAUUAUUCACCACCAACCGGAGAUCCUGAGAGCUCGCUCUUUGCCCGAUGUGUGUGAGUGCUUCAAACAGAUCACCUGUGGAGCCUUCACUCUGGACUGCCACACCUUUAUGCAGAAAAUCUUCACAGAACCUGGGAGUCUCUCAAUGGCAACUAUUGAUAAACUGAGAGAGAAAUGCAGACAACGAAUCCUGGAGGAAGAGUCCAGACAGCCAUAAAGCUUUGGAUUCCCCAUUUACUAUCAGGACCUUUGGAUGUGCUGAAGCUUCUCAACUAAUGUCAAAAAUGUUGAACCUUGUCUUUUGCUGAGGGUCCCGUGGUCCCCUGCAUUUAUUUGCUGCUAUAGAUGCUUCAAGAUCUUCACACCUGACGCUUUGUUUGAAGUGUUUAAAUCUGUCAUAUUAUUUGUUUGCUGACUAUGGAGAAUAACAGUUGUGAGAGUAUAAAUUCAGUUUAAUUCAGUUUGUCUGUGCUCCUGUGCUAGAGACAUGAAUUAAGCUGAAUUCAUGUCUCUAGCACAGGAGCACAGAAUUAAAUAAUGUUUUAUUAUUUGAAACGUCUAUUUCAAAAUACAAAGUAAAGUUUAGAAGUAUAGGAUUUGGUGUGGUGUUUGCAGAAGACUGUGCUUCACUUUUUUAUUGUUAACAGAAACUUGAUAAUCUGUUCCCUGAUUUAACUGGCCUCAAAAACGUCUUUGCCAAACAAAGGUUAGAAGAAGUGGUAAUUUUAGUGUUACAUGAUCAUUUUAACCAACAGGUUAUUCAGUGGCUCUAAACGUGUGGCUGUAUUAGCACUGUUGAGAGACAGCAAAGUCAACUGAGCAGUUUGAAUUUUUGCAGAAAAUCAAUUGUAGACAAGGGUACAAUUCAAAGCUUCAAAGCUCUGAUUCUUGACAAUAAUAAACACAUACAUAAUGA